AUGGCUUCUACGUACACGCUGCCCGAAGGUUUCCUCGAGGGUCCCGCACGCAACCUGCAACGGUCACAAAUCGAUUUCGCCAAGGAAGGUCUGCACGAGUAUGACGGCCAAUGGGCAGUGAUACUCGACGGCGUCCUGAGCGAAGAAGAAUGCGAGCAACUUGUCGCUGCCGCUGAAGCAACAACCCACGGAGAAUGGGCCCGAGCACUAAUUAAUAUCGGCGGCGGAAUGCAAGCCAUGUAUGAGGAUACACGCAAAUGCGGGCGUAUCAUAUGGGACACCAAGGAGAUCAUGGCGAAGCUGUGGGCAAGGAUAGAGGGAAGUGUACCCGAGAUCCACAGCCUGUACAAACAGGCUGACAUCACCGGUAACGGCCCAGCAAAGCGCAACGAAGUGUGGAAAGUCACUCGGUUGAACGAGCGCGCGAGAUUUCUCAAGUAUGUUGGAGGAGAGUAUUUCAAGGCGCACUGUGACGGUUGCUACGAAACGCCUGAUGGCGAGGAACGCUCGUACUUCACUCUCCAUCUGUAUCUCAACGACCCGGAAUUCCGUAAAGGAUGGCCAGGAGCCGCUCGAGGGUGGUGCGACGACAUUCUAUUCUUGGAACAUGCGCGAACGCAUCGAUGUAACUCCAAAAUGCGGACGAGUCCUUAUGUUCCAGCACCGUAAUCUCCUCCAUUCAGGCGACGACGUUAUACGUGGGUUGAAGCUGACGAUGCGAACGGAUCUGAUGUACACGAAGGAGGAAAAGGUUCCGACGGAGACGGAUACUCCGACUUGAGUAUGCGUCAUGAAGCAACGAUAGCGAAAAGUGUUUGGCGCUUGUAUUUUGUGUUUUAUUUAUUGUUCUUCGUUAGCAG